AUGACGCUGCUUGAAGUUACGCCGCAUGAUGCCAGGUUGUCCGCGAGGCUGGCCGAGAUCCGAGCCACGCUGGAUGCCUUGGCAACGGACCACUGCAAUGCCUGUAUGGGCAAGGCGCCUGCACCCGAUUUCUCAUCGGUGCCGGAGCUUCUGAAGGAGGUCACUGGCAUUUAUGAUCACCUGCCGCCGCGGGAACGUGUGAAGGCUGACAUGAUGGUCGGCUGUGGCUGGCACAUGCUGCGAGAGGACGACAAAGCUUUGGAGCCCCUGCUGCGGGUCGCCCACUCUUCCGGAGGUGUGGAGGCCGGCGAUCAACUGUCUGCAAUCCUAGUGGCCAUGCAGCUCCUUCGGAAGAAAAGCCGCUGGGGUCAGAUCAUCCAAGCAGGCGAUAAAGCGUUUGAAGUUGCAGGUGGGAAAUGGGCCGAUCCAGUGCUUCCUUUUCUUAAAGGCGUCAGCCUGGCGCGGCUGAACCAGCCUGCGGAGGCAGCUGAUGUUCUGGAGGAGGCCAUUGCAAUGAACCCCGGCUUCAAGCAGGCCUAUUUGGAGUUCGACCAAGCUUGCACAGCGCUUCGUGACUUUGCGCGGUGCAGGAAGGUGGCGCAGAACCUGGUGGAGCACGGAGGCCAUUGGGUCAACUGCUGGCAACGACCUCUUCAUUUUCAUGCCGGUGAAGAUCCAAAGGUCACAUCGCGCCCGUGGUAUGAUCCUUCCCAGUUCGAGAUGGUGCGCUGCCUCGAGGAAAACUUUGUUGUGAUAAAGAACGAGUUGGAGGCACUCUGCGCGAAAUCAAGUGGGAGGUGGGGAGGAGUCGGCACCGCACACCGCGGCAACCAAAACUCGUGCCAUGAUGCGGAUUUGGUGGCUGCAGGCGAGUGGCAGGAGGUUGUGCUACUCGGGGACUCGGAUGAAUGCAUUGACAACGGCUCGCACUGUCCAGCGACCACGUCGCUCCUGAACAAGUUUGACGAGGUGCGUGAGUGCGCUGAGAUGAGGCUUGGCGAGUCUUUGUUCUCCAGGCUCCAACCUGGUACGCAUUUGCGGCCUCAUUGCGGGCCUACGAACAUGCGAUUGACCUGCCACUUGGGGCUCGAUAUUCCAGAGGGUUGCAGGAUAACUUGCGCGGGGGAGUCUCGUGAAUGGGAGACAGGGAAAUGCAUCGUGUUCGAUGACUCCUUCGAACACGAGGUAAUCCAUGAAGGAAGCCAGCCGCGAACCGUUCUGCUAGUCAAUUUCUGGCAUCCAGACAUUCCCCGCAGCAGGCGAGCUGAGCUGAGGAAAGAGCUGGGCGGUUGA